AAUUCGAUUUACAAAUUGACAUUAAAAAUUCGGAUGACGCAGGUGAUUCAACAUUAGAGAACAACUCAGAGCAAAAGGAUGAUACGCAACUAACUUUAAUUAAGGAUAAUCAUGAAAACAUAUUAGGAUGGAACUCUAUAUAUUAUAAAGAAAAUUCUAAUCAAGUGCAUCCGAUGGAAAUUCGAAAUCAUGGAGGCGAUUAUUCAAUCCACGAUAUCGAUAAUAAAGAAUUACCGAUUAAAUGUGGUGGAAUAGUCAGACUAUUCUCUGAAAAAGAAUAUAUAAAUAAUCAAAAGGUUGAACAGAUAACAGACAAAAGCAAUAAAAAUGCCGAUGGACACAUUCUUAUUCUCCUAACACUUUCAGGGAUAUAUAAGUAUCAUUCUGUUAAAUUAGAAGAGCUAGAAUUUAUAGAGGAAUUAAGAUUAAUAGGACCAUCAAAAUCACUCAUGGUCGUUUAUAAUGGUAACGAAAUAGAUAUUUAUGACGAUUUGUUUGUAGAUAAAUACUUGAGGUAUCUAAAGAGAAAUACUGAACAAGAUUGGAAGAAACUAUCAAAGGAAGAUCUCGAUAAUAAAAUUCAAGAAUCUGAAUUAGAUAAACAUCAUAACAUGCUUGAACCUUGGCACUGUAUUGCCGAUGCUGAUUUAUGCGCUCCACAACAUUGGUUCUACCUUGAUGAGAAAAAAGAAAAAGUCCUUUUAAUUGAGAAAGGUCCAAAAAAAAGAUCUCUUGAAUUCAUUUAUGUUCCUUUAUCUCAAUUGCCCCUUCCUCACAAAGAAAUUUUGGAUAACUGGGAAAAUAAAACAAUGAAAGUAAUGGAAAUCAAGUAUUGUAUCAGAAAAUUCAAGCUUAACAUUCAAAUUGAAGAUAACAAAGAAUCUCUUAAAAUUAAAUUUUUUGCUGAGGAGUUCAGAUUAAAAUUCUAUGAUAUAAUAGAAGAAAAACGAAAAAUAAUUUUGAGAUUUAUUAGAUUGUACCCAAUUACGUGGCGAUUGUUAGAUUUUCGCUUUGAUUUAAUGAGCGUUAUUAUUGAGGCAGAAGAUCAUGAGCUUGUAAACGACAUUUUAUCUUUUGGAAAUCGAUUCAUAUACCGCAAUAUUUUUCUUGGUCAG